AUGGCUAGAGCGACGGUGGCAAGGCUGGGCCUGGGGUUGCUCCUUCUGGCACUAUCCAGGCACAUUUACUGCAACCAAACUUCUGUUGCACCAUUUUCAACUAAUGCUGCCCCAAAUCCAAAUAACGCCACCAACUGCAAUGCCCUGCAGCCAACAGUCGGCCUCCUUGCUCUCUCACUUUCUCUUCUACAUCUCUACUGUUAG